AUGAUACAUCACAUUUUUUAAAUAUCAGAUGAGGAAAGAGCUAAACAAGAAUUUCUUAUUAUGGAAUUAGGGAAAUAGGAAUAUAGGGACUUAUUUAAUGGGUGGGUUCAAUAAAAACUAAAGUUUUACAUGUUGCUGAAAAAAGGUGAAAAUGUGAAAUAUAUCAAAGAUGGAGAAAUUUUGAAAAUGUAUGUAUUCUAAUUCUGAUAUAAGCGAAUCAAUUUAAGAUAUGAUGAAAAGGAAAAUAAUUUGUAGUAAUUUGGAUUAGUAAAGAUAUUUAAGAUGGGAAACUGUUUCUGACACAACAUAAACGCAAUGUAACGCGUAUUGGAAAGGGGAAUUAUUACAGGCUGGAGGAUUUUACAAUUAAAUGGAAUAAAAAGAAGGUAAAUGGAUAGAUUUGUGGGAAAACUUUUGGAUGUAUUUAUAUUAUAAAAUUAUAAUUAGAAAAUCAAAAGUAUUUUAUAAAGGAAAUUAUGUUCAAGGAAGGAAAAAAGGAAAAUGGGAUAUUUUAUUGAAGAACUAAAGAGUGUAUGUUUUUACUUUUAAUUCUUCUAGAGGAGGAGGUGCCUAUAAUGAAGAAGGAUAGAAAUAAGGUGAAUGGACAGAUAUAGAUAAUAAUUUUAAAAAGUAAAAGUGAUUAUAAUAUUAAAGGAAAUGUUAAGUCAUUUACAAUGGGGAAUAUAUGAAUGGCAGAAAAUGUGGAUAGUGGAAAAUAAUUUAUAAUGGAAAUUAUUUGUAAUUAUAAUUAUUUAAUUUACAGAGGAGGAGGCGAUUAUAAUUAAUUUGGAUUAAAGAAUGGAAAAUGGUUAGAUUUACAUGAAGAUUUUUCUGAGUAUAUUAAAUUGGUUAUAAAUUAGAUAUUGCUAAGUUGGAUUUUAUGGUGAAUAUCAAAAUGGACGAAAAAUAAAAAAAUGGAAUAUUAUUUAUAGAGGUCAUAAAGAAAUAGAAUAAUUCAAUAUGUAUUAUCCAUCACAUCAUAUUUAGAGGCAAUGGAACAUACAAUGAGAAUGGACGUAAAAAAGGAAAAUGGACAGAAUUACAUCCAAAUUUCUCAGAGUAUAAUUCAAUCUUUAUAAUUUAAAGUUACUGCAAGGUUAUUUAUGUUGGGGAAUAUCAUGGUGGUGCUAAAGAAGGAAAAUGGGACACAAUUCAGCUUGAAAAAGAAAAUAAAUAAAUAAAAUCCAAUUUAAUGUAUAUAUUAUUUCAUUUAUUAUAGAGGCGGUGGAUUGUAUCAAUGUGGAUUAAAAAUUGGAAAGUGGAUUGAUUUGCAUGAAAAAUACUUUAUUUCAAACUGUGGAGGUUGCAAAAUCAUCUAUAAAGGUGAAUAUCAGAAUGAUUAAAAAUAAGGAAGAUGGGAUAUUAUGAUGAACAAUAACCAGAUUAUGUAUAUAUUCUUUUAUAUGUAAGUGGGGGUGGUAAUUAUAAUGAAAAAGGAUUAAAACAUGACAGAUGGAUAGAUUUACAUGAAAAUUACUCUGAGUAUAUUUAGUUUUAAUAUAUAGUUUUUCAUAGAUCACUUAUCUUGGAGAGUACUAAAAUGGGCAAAAAAAAGGAAUGUGGGUUAUUAAUUUUGAGGGCUAAAUUAUGUAAUAAUUAGUAAUUUAUUAAAGUGGAGGAGGAGAAUAUGAUUAGAGUGGAUUGAAAAAUGGAGAUUGGAUUGAUUUGCAUAUUAACUUUUCAAAGUAAUCAAGAGAUUUAACAAUUAGAUUUUGUUAAGUAACAUAUAAGGGGGAGUAUUUAAACGGAAUAAAAUGUGGAAUGUGGUAAACUUGUUUCGAGAAUAAUGUAAUGUAAUAAAUGAUUUCUUAUUUCUUAGAGGUGGAGGGAUAUAUAAUGAAGAAGGAAAAUAAGAUGGAUAAUGGGUUGAUUUACAUCAUAAUUUUAGGGAGUAAAUUAUUUAAUGUUAGUUUCUUAGUCUAUAUCAAGUAGUUUGUAUAUAAGAAUAUUAAAAUGGUAAAAAGAUAGGAACUCCAAAAUAAAUAGAACUUAAAUGA